AAGAUAAUAAAUUGAAAAAUUCGUUACAGAUGGCUAAGGCGAGGAUCCAUGUUUGUUUUAUCACUUUCCCAAUUCCUGAAACUAAUGAAUCGUAAUGAAGCAUGGCGAGGUGUAUCGCUUCUGGAUUUAGGGGCCGGCGAUGGGGAAGUGACGGCCUGCAUCGCACCUCUCUUCAAUAACGUUUUUGUAACGGAGGUCUCGCAAACAAUGCAAAUGUUACUACAAAAACGUGGAUAUGAGUUGCUGGAGAUUGAUAAGUGGCAUUCCGCUCGUAAGUACGAGGUUAUAUCGUGCUUGAACGUGUUGGACCGCUGUGAUAGACCUUUAUUACUCCUUCACCAAAUAAAGGAAGCCUUAGAGUAUGGUGGAAGAGCUCUAAUCGCUGUGGUUUUGCCUUUUUCUCCAUACGUCGAAACAGGGUCGUCUGAUCAUAAACCCAAAGAGGUACUCCCAGUUUCGGGUGAAUCUUUCGAACAGCAAGUGAGCAGCCUAAUCAAUGACGUGUUCACGCCGGCCGGGUUUGAAGUAAUCGUCUGGACCCGUGUACCAUACCUAUGCGAAGGGGAUCUUCGCCAAUCCUACUAUUGGCUCGAUGACGCCGUCUUUCUCCUCAAGAGUGUACACUGACAAGACUUUUAACAAUAAUUUAAGUUCUGUUAACACGACUGACUAAUUUAAUGAGCAAUUGUAGACAUAGGUAAACAAACAAGGUACUGGUGUCUGUCUAAUACUCAUCCAUUUUUAAAUACAAACUUUUUAUGUAAC